AUGAAUCCCAUUUCUCUACCAAAUUACUACCAGGAAGCUGUACGGGUUAGAGGUAGUCGUCAGUGCCCUAGCCAUAAACAGAAGGAAGUUGUCUAUGCGUGUCUUGAUUGUGAAACACUUUUGUGUACAACAUGUGCCAUCAAGUCUCCCCACAGGCCUCAUAAUCUCGAAGAACUCACUGAGAUUGCAGCAGAGAAGACAGUCGCUAUGCACGACUUUAUCAACAAUAUUGAGAAUAAUACACUUCCUCAACUCAAACGGGAUCUAUUGUCAACAGAAAACCAACUGGAAGAAAAUUCUUCUAAGUUUAUAGAAAUGAGACUUAAAAUGAAAAGUCAAGGAGAAAAAUGUAAACAAGAAAUCGACGAUUUGAUUGGUCAAUGGAUGUCUAUCUGCGAAAAUAUGGAACGGGUCAACAUGGAACUACUCCAACAACGAAAAAGGACGAAACAAAACAGACAUGAUGUUCUCACUCGAGAAGUUGAAGAAUGCAAAACAACACUACAAGGAGGUUCGCCAGUUGAUGUGUAUGACAUGGAAUUCAAUACGCUUGGAAAUGAUACACUUUCCGAGGCACCAGUUUUACAAACAGCAGAGUUCUCUCCCCGUUUGUCCGUCAUUCAUCACUUGACACGAGCUCUGGGUGUAUUUACUUGCUGCAACUACGAUCUGCUGGACAGGCCAACAGUAGUGGCAAAAUUUCCUUUUACGAACCUGUUAGGUUCAAUCUGCCCUACAUCAGAAGGACAUGCUUUAGCAGUUCUGGAAUAUAAUAACUGCUCUGUUCUCCACCUCAACAAAAACGGCGGUAUAGAAAAGGAGAUAACACACGACAACGAAAUAAGAGACGUCAGUCGAGGUCCAAUCACAGACGAGGUUUGGUUUUGCAGUCAACAAACUGUAUAUGAGAUGAAGUCAACAUCACCUGUCGCAAAAUUCAAAGUAGGUCGCGAGAUUUGGAGCAUGCAUGUAACAAACCAGCGUGAAAUCAUUGUCGGAACAAGAGAAAUGUUGGCGAUCUACACGUCAGCUGGAACCCUGAUGCACGAGGCAACAAGACACGAGACGGGAAUUCGCGGUCCAAUGAAGUUAGCACAAUGUCCUGUUACCGGUAACAUAGCUGCUGUGAGCUGGGAAGAAAAUGAAGGGAAAGAGGAAAAUUUAAACAGGUAUACAAUGUACAUCAUCGUGUAUGAUCGAAACCUCGCGGUGAUUUUCAAAUACAACGGAUACGGAAUCCAGGGCGAUGAAAUCGUAACAUCAGACACAUUCGGUCCCGGAACUGUUGCUUACGAUUCGUAUGGAAAUCUGAUUGUAGGGGACUGGAAACGCAACACUAUAGAACUGAUCAGCGGAUGUGGUCAAUACAUCAAAACUCUACACAGAACCGCUGGGCAACAGGGAAUUAUUGGUAUUGAACCAGGGAAUAUCUUAUGGUCACAGACUGAUGAUGAGGAAAUACAAAUCCUCAAGUACUACAAAGACAGCGAUUAA